UGGGGCCGGGAGGCGGCGGCCGCACCGCGGGCCCGCCGCUGCGCUCGCCUCCGGCCAGCAUCCCGCGGGACGUUUCUGCAGCUCCAGACGCUUGCUCUUCUCCCCGCAUCCGGCUUUGACCAGCCAGCCUGCCUUACGGGUAGUGGGUGUCGCCUGCCUCUUUGCUUUUGCUUCGGCUCUCGGCGUUCUUUCUGUAAAUGCCGCACACUUGCGAGUCUCGGCGCGCAGGCCUUCGUUCAAGAGACACCCGUGGCCACAGGUGGUGGGCAUUUGCGCAGUUAGCGGCUCUUUUCGUGAUACUAUCUCCCCAGCGCUUGCAGUAGAAGGCCCCACUUGGGCCAGUUGUUUUGUGCUUGCUUGAUUGCCUGACAUUUUUCUGUCUUGAGUACUAUAUUCUUUCACCCUGAAACCCGCUGAAGACUGUUAUGUGAAGAAACUGAGGUUUGGAGGAGGUAACUCAAUUCCCAGAGUUACAGUUAAGUUAAUCGCAAGGAGAAGCCAAAUCGGAUCUCUGUGUUUGAUGGUGGUGGUUGCUUUUCAACCCCACUUAACUCAUUAAGGACUUAGGCUGACUCUGUACCCGCUGCAGCUGUUAGCACUUGAGAGCUAAGUACUUCUAUGAAUUAAGUGGUGAUUCUUGGCUGAAAGAAGAGAACCUUUCCGACAUCUGCCCAAAGACAGAUGUCUCACAUGCUGCGUGCUUCUAAGACUGCUUGCCUGACAGCGGCGUAGUCCUCAUCUGGAAGCUGGUCGGACAUCUCAGAUUCCCAGACCCCACUGCACCCACUGAGCUUGAACUUGCUUUUCUAACAAGAUUCCUUAGAAUUUAAGAAGAUUGUAUUCAUGUACAUGUCAUAGAAGAUGAAUUCAUCCUCUUCUACUAUGAAUGAAGAGCCUGAUGCUCUGUCGGUAGUUAACCAGCUACGGGAUUUAGCAGCAGAUCCCUUAAAUAGAAGAGCCAUCGUCCAGGAUCAGGGAUGUCUGCCUGGCCUUAUUUUAUUUAUGGACCAUCCCAACCCCCCUGUUGUUCACUCAGCUCUGCUUGCGCUCCGGUACUUGGCUGAGUGUCGUGCGAACAGAGAGAAGAUGAAGGGAGAGCUGGGCAUGAUGUUAAGCUUACAGAAUGUCAUCCAGAAGACUACAACUCCAGGAGAAACAAAACUUCUGGCCUCUGAAAUCUAUGACAUCCUUCAGUCCUCCAAUAUGGCUGACGGUGAUAGUUUUAAUGAAAUGAAUUCACGUCGAAGAAAAGCUCAGUUUUUUCUGGGAACUACAAACAAACGUGCCAAAACAGUAGUUUUGCAGAUAGAUGGUCUCGAUGAUACGUCUCGAAGAAAUCUGUGUGAAGAGGCUUUGUUAAAAAUUAAAGGUGUUAUAAGUUUUACUUUUCAAAUGGCUGUUCAAAGAUGCGUGGUGCGAAUCCGUUCGGAUUUGAAAGCAGAGGCUUUGGCCUCAGCAAUAGCAUCAACCAAGGUCAUGAAAGCUCAGCAAGUCGUGAAGAGUGAGAGUGGGGAAGAGAUGCUGGUCCCAUUCCAAGAUGCCCCUGUGGAAGUGGAGGAAAACACAGAGCUACCUGACUACCUACCUGAGGAUGAAAGUCCCACAAAGGAACAGGACAAGGCAGUGUCCCGCGUUGGCUCACAUCCUGAGGGUGGAGCCAGCUGGUUGAGCACAGCUGCAAACUUUUUAUCCAGAUCAUUUUACUGGUGACUUCAACUUCAGUUUGGGGCUCAAGGACUGUGCAAACCAACAGGGGGCCAGCUUUCCAUUGUUGUGGUGAACUGUCAAGUGCAAUUUGCAAUAGAUUAUCAUGGAAAGUUUCUAGAUUACAUGACUACAUAUGCUGCAUUUUACAUUUUAUUGGACAUUUUCCCCACCGAAUGGUAAACAGGACAGAGGCUGUAGGUGGAAUUUGUUUAUGAAGGUAUUUUGGUAUUGUUUUCCUUUGCUUAAUUGCCUCACUAUUUUUUGAAAAACAUGGGUCCACUGUUAAAACCAAAUGUAUGUGCAGCUUUACAUUCUGUUUUACAUGAAGCAUGUGACUAGGAAAAACUCGUUUUCUCCUCAAGCCUCAGGAGCUUUCUGAAGAGAAGUUUUGCAUAGCUCAAGUUGUGCAUGAAUUUACUGAGUAUUUUUAUCAGCUUUUCUUCAUGAACGAUACAUGACAUGUGCUUUGGUACCCUUCUCUGGAAGUUGAAAACAUACCUAGUUAGCCCCCUUCUGUGCCUUUUUUAUUUUGCCAACCAUGUUUAUAGAAAGGACAUUAUUAAUGGCAUUUUGCAAAUGGAAUUAUUUUCAUUUGAACAUACCUUAAAAAAAACUACAAAAAACUGUACAAUCUUACUUGUUAUAAUUUUAAUAAGGUUACUGUAAGCCAGUUAAGACAACUGGGACGUGAACAGCAGCAAAGUGCAUUUGGGAGAAUUUGGAUGUGACCAAGCAUGGCUCUGUUGACUCCUGCUUACUUAGGUUAUAGUGGCUCUUGAGAAUAAAGUCCACUGUGAUCUUGUGAGCAGCCUUACCCUGUGAUGACACUGUGUCCUGCUAGAGAAAAGUAAUAGAUUUUUUGUUUUGUUUUGUUUGGCUUUUCAGGACAGGGUUUCUCUG